AUGUCAGAACGAGGUUAUGAGGGAAUAGAUCCACCAAAGAGUCUUAAUUUUGGCGAUAUGAGUGGUGUUUCAAGUGCUUCUUCUACCCCUGUAAGUGUGAAAUUAUGUAAUGACAAGAAAAUGCCACAGAAGAAGAAACUGGCGUGUGUGGAAUGUCGGCAACAAAAAUCAAAGUGUGAUGCACAUGAAAGGGCUCCUGAGCCUUGUUCAAGGUGCUUAAAGAAAGGUGUACCCUGUGUACUUCAAAAGGAUUUCAGGAGAACUUGUAAGAGAGCACGUAACGAGGUAAUAGCAAAAAAGUUUCAGGAAUUAACCCAGUCAUUAUCGAAUCUCGGUUCUGAAGAGCUGUUGAAGAAAUUAGAUGCAGAAACAUUGAGACUUCCGGAAGAUUUAGGAUUGAUAAAGGUGGAGACGAGCACUGGUGCUGAGGCACCAUGGGAUCAAAAUUCAAUUGGUACUGGCUCGAGAAGUAACUCAACUGGCGGUCAGGAGAUUGCAUUACGUACCGUUUUAUCUACAAAUGAUUUUGUUUCAAUAGCGGUAUCAUCGAACACAACUGGUUCAGGGACGAAACUAGAUGGGCCUAUAACACUUACAAAACAGCAAUUAGAAUGCCAGCCAAAAACUUUGGGAGAUGUUACUCUAUCGAGUAGUGAUAUUGCUAACUUUUUCAGCGAAUUCACAACCAAGUAUCAUCCUUUUUUACCUGUGGUGGAUGUGACAAAAGGUCCUGAAAGAAUAUACAGCCUAUCUCCUUGUCUCUUUUGGGUUAUAAUACUAGUAGGGCUUAGACGUAAAUUUGAAGCUAUAGAGAUGAUGAAUAAACUUUCGAAUAUGGUUAAAUCUAUUUUGGCAGAAAUUACCAUUUCUCCGAUUAUUAGGUACACACCAAUGGAAUCUGACGAGCCUGUCUUGAACGUGUCUUCUGUUUACUCGGUGCAGGCAUUUUUAAUAUACACGUAUUGGCCACCAUUAACGUCAUCGCUAAGCGCCGACACAUCUUGGAAUACUAUCGGUUCUGCAAUGUUCCAAGCACUGCGCGUGGGACUCAACAGUGCUCAGUUUUCCACGGAAUAUGCAUCAGCAAACUCGCAACUUAUUCAUGAACAGAUACGAACGUGGAUUUGUUGUAAUAUUGUAUCACAAACAAUAUCUGCCUCCUUUGGGUUCCCCGCAUAUGUCUCUUUUGACCAUACCGUUAUAAAUACCUGCAAGAUUUCAACAGUAGAGAGUAGUACGACAGAUUUCAUACCUUUUUCCAUCAAACAAAUGUUACAAAUUGCUCAUUUCGAGAAUCAAAUCGUGGAUACUAUGAACUCAAAUCCUAGUAAUAUGAGCGGCCUUGUUGCCAAUGAGGAAAAAUUACCAUUAUUACACGUUUUGAACAGACAACUAAGCGAACUAGAGUUACAGCUUGAUAAUGUGAAAUUAGAUGAUAUCAGAAGAUUCUUACUUCUCGUAACGAAGGUGCACUUGUUGACGCACUAUUUUAGCAAUGUUACCGAUAAUGUUGAUCCAACUUCCGUCCAAAAAAUAUCUGUGAAAGACAUGGAAACAAGCUUUGCAACUAAAAGAGGACUAGUAAUAGCGUACAAUGCAGCCGUAAAACUCUUGAAACAUGCGAAAUGUAUGUGGAAACGGGAUCCACUAGCUGUGAAAUAUCUUCCAGGUGUUUAUGUUCUUAAUAUAUGGCAGGCAGCAUCAAUAAUAUCAAAGCUAGUCCAUUCCUCAUUGGGCUCAAUUAUCGAUGUCGAUACUGGUCAUGAAGUUUAUCAAGAUGCUGUAUCAUUAAUUUCGAAUGCUUCUGUCCUCAAGUACGAUAUGGCUUAUAGAUCAGCUGGUAUUAUGAGAAGUAUAUGGAGCAUGUUCAGCAACAUGUUCGAAGAGUGGAAAGCGAAGAAAGACCAAAGUUCCUCUUCAACACAGUCAGAAAAGGAUUUUAACUUGAGUAUUACCAUAAGAUCUAGAAUGUCUGUGAGUGUUUUCUUUGACUGCUUGUUCAUAUUAAGACAGAAGUGCGGUAUGGCAAAACUAAAGAGAGAAAGAGAAAAGACAGUCUCCUCUGAUGAUGAAAAUAGUGGCGAUAACCAUAACGGAGAUGCAGAGUCCAAAGAACUACUGCCCAACGAUGGGUAUUCCGAAGAACAUGCCAGAAGGAUUAUAUCUACCAUUCCACUUGACCCAGAGCCCAUCAAUGCACAGCAGUCCAGUGGAAGCAAUAUUACAUCUCCGAACGGUUCACAUAGUAGUGACGUUUUGUCAUUGAAAUCAAUCCUAAACAAAACGUCCCCAAAGGACGAGAUUUUGCAGAAACAGAAAAAUGGUACAAUGCCAUCUUCAUCUUCCCCUAGCAACAAUAUCAUAGUAUCACCUACAAACACACAUGCUGGUGCUUCCAAUGUUGAAACUAGCGGUUAUCCCAGAUCUCUAAAUCCUUUGAACGCCGUCACAGACAAUAAACUCAUAAACCAUUCUACCACCGCCAAGAAAACGAACUCCCCACAAUUUAGGGUUUCAAGUCCGUCAAAUCAUAGUAAACCGACUCGAAAGAUCAAUCCUGCUGCGCAGUCCUUAAAUGAGUUGUUGGAGCCACCAAUACCGCAAUCCUUCCAGUCCGUUACAAAAUCGAUAAUAUCAGAAGGAACUGAAAACAGAAAGGAAGAUACGCCCUCAAUUUCUCCAGGUCUUACGGAAAGAUGGGACAACUGGGAAUCAGAUCUUGUUUGGAAAGAUGUCGACAUUCUAAUGAACGAAUUCGCAUUCAAUCCGACGUUGUAA